GCAACCCUUCGGCGGCUGGUGGCUGCUGGCACCUUCGCUCUUCGUUGGCUUUCUGGGUGGUGGUGUCUACGUGGGGGCCUUCUCCUUGAUCGCCAAGGAGCAGAAAGCCGAGUUCGUGGAGUUGGCGCUCUGCUCGGCUUCCGUGGCGGACACCAUCGGCAUGAUUUUUGCCAACGUCCUGGGGCUCAUGGCACAGGGCUGUAUCUUUGGCAUGAUGAAGGUGCUGGAUACCAAGCCAAACUUCACCUGUGGCUACGACAUUUGGGACAACUACAAUGGAACUGUCCAUGUCCCGGUCUACGCCACGCAUUGCUUCCCCGGUGUCGAAGGCUAA